GAAACUGCACCAAAAUGGAGAUAUAAAGUCUGCUAGUUGUAUGGAUACUUGAUAAAUAUAAAACCGUAUGGGCAUGAAAAGGCUGUUUGGAAGCUUCAGAGGAUGGCUGUGCAACCCAGCCUGUGAAACACCCUUUCUACCAGCAGACAACACCCCAGCACUAGUUGGUAUAAACAGACUAAGCUGGGUGUUCAUCUGAAUGUGGUAAUCUAACUAGUAUCUGCAGUGCGCGGAGGUGGCAGCUUGGGGGUUAUUUUGCAUUAGCUGUCCAGCGUAGUCCCUGGAGGCAUGCUCAUUUGAGAUCUCUGUUCCACCUUUAAAUAACCAGCGCCGUAUCUUAACUGAGCAGCAUGACACCUUUCCCCUAUCAUCAGCAUCUAGUGGAGGCUAGCAUUCGAUAACAGCGGCAAGAAGCUUGCUCUACAGGCAAAUACAGAAAUAUGACUAGAACAGCGCUGACCAUGUUGUCCCAGCUGCUCCUGCGUCAGGGAGACCAGAUACCCAAUCAUCCUAACGGAGCACAGUGGAGAGUGGAAAGAGACACUAUUAAUAAUUACACCGAGUGUGUCGUCACUCUCUGACCCGCUGGCUGAAGAGCUCCCUCAGGAACUUCUGGGUCCAGCUCUGCACACCAGAACCUUUGCCACCAUUUUGACAGAGAAGUUCUCGGAAGAUCGCUGGCUUUUAAAAAUAGUCACUUAUGUCUGGUGAGUGAUUACAGUGCUGUGCCACAGACAGGACACUGGGGCUGGACAGUGAAGCCCAUGCCCAGGGUUAAGCUGCCCCUUGAGUGCUAAGGGGCCAUCUGGCUUGGGUCUGCGCUCUUCAUCACGGGCUCUAUGGAAACAUCCUGAGAGGAAGGAACACAGCUUUAGGGCAGAAUGUAAAUGGCAACGCUGACUCGGUGUUCCAGUCACUCAAAAGCCACUGGUAGGAUGAUGAAAGAAAGAAAGGUAAUGUUCAGCUACCUAAUCCCGCUGAGCCCGGCGCAGCCUGCCCGCCCCGCCAUGUGGAGCUGUGGCCCGCUCAAUGGCACAGGCAGGGGCGAGGACCCGCUCGUCUGUCAGCACUUCCACCUGGUCCUGUCCGUCCUCUCCCUGCUCUACCUGGUGGUUGGCUUCCCAGUCGGCCUGAGCUACAAUGCCCUGCUGGUCUUGGUCAACCUGUGUGACAAGGGCAGCAUGACCAUGCCCGACGUCUACUUUGUGAACAUGGCUGUGGCCGGUCUGGUCCUUAGCGCCCUGGCUCCCGUGUACCUGCUGAGCCCCACCGCCUCGAGGUGGGCCCUGUGGGGCCUCAGCAGUGAGGCGCACGUGACACUGCUGGUGCUGUUCAACGUCUCCUCGCUGGUGACCAUGUACUCCACGGCCCUGCUCAGCCUGGAUUACUACAUCGAGCGGGCACUGCCACGCACCUACAUGUCCAGUGUCUACAACACCAGGCACGUGUGUGGCUUUGUCUGGGGAGGGGCCCUGCUGACCAGCUUCUCCUCCCUGCUCUUCUACAUCUGCAGCCACGUGACCACAAGGAUGGCUGAGUGCACAAAGAUGCAGGACACACAGGCCGCGGACGCCAUCCUGGUCUUCAUUGGGUACUUGGUGCCUGCCCUGGCCGUGGUCUACGCACUGGUGCUCAUCUCCAGACUGCAGAAGGAAGACACGCCCCUCGACCGGGACUCAGGGCGGCUGGACCCCUCAGUGCACAGGCUUCUGGUGGCCACCGUGUGCACUCAUUUUGGGCUCUGGACACCCCACUACCUGAGCCUCCUGGGACACACACUGCUCGCCUCCCGGGGGAAGCCUGUGGAUGGGCACUACCUGGGGAUAUUGCUCUUCACGAAGGAUCUGUCCAAGUUCCUGGCCUUCUCCAGUAGUUCUGUGACACCCCUCCUUUACCGCUACAUCAACAGGAACUUCCCCAGCAAGCUUCGACGCCUAAUAAAGAAGAUGCACUGUGGGCACCGGCACUGCCCCCCGGACCAAGCAGGGGUGCAGCAGGUGAUGGCAUAAACAGCCAGCCCACGCCAGUCCCACGCGCAGUGCUCCCUGCUGUGGGCAGGGGAGGCCAGUCAUGCAGCUGACUUAGGUGCAGUCUGCAGGGACCGUGCCAAGCCUGUCCUUCCCUCCCCUGGGUCUCACGUCCCGAGGGGCGAGGCACCUGGCAGUUCCACUGAGUCCAAGCACUUUGUCACCCGCCUGCUCUGCCACGUGUCCAGAUGUGCCGAGCAAGGCCAGAGCAGAGCGAGGCGUGUCCUCAGUGUGUUCUGGGGUUUUUUAAAGAAGGCAUAUUUGAGGCCCCGGGUGUGUGGUCUGAAGCACCAGGUGCCUGGCUGAAGGCCGGCCACACUGACCCUCCUGCUUCUCCAGACUCACGCUCCGUACCAGCCCCCGACAACCAUACCUGCGGCCACCUCAACAUGAGCUUUCUAAAUGAAGUGAUGGAAAUCUAAAGCCAGUAUUUAUACUCUGUCAUGUUAAAAUACUUGAUUUCCCCCCUUUUGUUUAUAAAGAAGUAUUUGAUAGAAAAAUCAUGAAGUAUUAAAAUGAAGGAAACCAUAUAAAAGAACACACAUCAGACUGCGUCGAUGGACUGCGGCCAGAGUCCUAUUUGGUGUCGCGCUGAAGGCGGGUGUCCCAUAGGGGUGUUAUUAACCCCUCAGAGGGAGGAUCAGGUGGGAGUUGCAGCUGGUGUACGGGACAGUCCGGCAGCACUGGGCCUCUCCUUCCUGCCCUCGCACAUGUCAGCUGGCUGUUUCAGUACAGAUCUAUCCUUAGACAUCAACCCCCAAAGUGUGCGCAGAACUAAAGAAUAUAAAUAAACGGAACUAGGAAAA